UAUAUAUUGUGUUCUUUCAUUCAAGACAAGCUAAACCUACCAGGAUAUCUGGACCUCGUAUGGAGGUAUAAGAAGUGUUACCCACGAGUAGUUUGGUCUCCACUGUAAUCCUUGAACAUGAAAAUGGUUCUAUCACAGCGUCAACGAGAGGAAUUGAAUAAAGCCAUAGCUGACUAUUUGUGCAGUAAUGGCUAUAUGGAUGCUUUGGAAGCCUUCAAGGCUGAGGCAGAUAUGCCGGGGGAGAUUGAAAGAAAAUACGCUGGCCUCCUUGAAAAGAAAUGGACCUCAGUCAUCCGACUCCAGUAAAAAAAGGUCAUGGAAUUGGAAGUCAAGUUAAAUGAAGCUGAAAGAGAAUACAUUGCUGGUGCUCCUACGCGAGACAAACGUUCACCAUCAGAAUGGAUACCCCGACCUCCAGAAAAGUACUGUCUUUCAGGACACAGAGCACCUGUUACAAGAGUUAUUUUCCACCCGCUUUAUUUUUCAGUGAUGGUAUCUGCAAGUGAAGAUGGGACCAUUAAACUCUGGGAUUAUGAAACUGGAGAUUAUGAGAAGACGUUGAAGGGCCACACAGAUAGUAUUCAAGACAUUGCGUUUGAUCAUAAUGGAAAAUUCCUUGUAUCUUGUAGUGCGGAUAUGUCAAUCAAGUUGUGGGAUUUCACUACAUACGAGUGUGUCAAGACAAUGCACGGCCAUGACCACAACGUAUCAUCGGUCACCUUCAUGCCCUCGGGCGACUAUAUUCUUAGCAGUUCUAGGGAUAAGUCUAUCAAAAUGUGGGAAGUGGCUACUGGGUAAGUAGUUAGCUAUAGAACUUU